CACUCGAAUAUCUCCAGUUGGCUGGCAGACUGGCAGGAGGAGUAGCAGCAGCGCUCCAUCAGCAGCCCCAUGUACAACAGGAUGAUCUACUGAGGAAUCACAGGAUCUGUGUGUGGAGCAUUUCUCUAGUGUUGGAUACAUAUGAGGUUGUGGUAGUGGUGACCCUCCGCCAUGACUGAGAUUGAGAACUAUAACAGUAAUGGGGUCCGAUGGGAUCCCGGACAGAUGGAGGAAGAUUUUGAUGCUGGCAACAACUCCUCCAAGCUUUUUGAGCGCUCCAGAAUCAAGGCUUUGGCAGACGAAAGAGAAUCUGUGCAGAAAAAGACUUUCCAAAAAUGGGUGAAUUCUCAUCUUAUUCGCUUCGGGUGUCGAAUCUCCGACCUAUAUAUAGACUUAAGAGAUGGAAAGAUGCUAAUGAAACUGUUAGAAAUCUUAUCUGGAGAACGUCUCCCUCGACCAACAAAAGGAAAGAUGAGGAUUCAUUGUUUAGAGAAUGUGGAUAAAGCUCUCCAGUUUUUACAUGAACAAAAAGUCCACCUUGAAAACAUGGGUGCCCAUGAUAUUGUAGACGGAAGCUCUAGACUCACUCUAGGUUUAAUUUGGACGAUUAUCCUAAGAUUCCAGAUCCAAGAUAUUACGGUAGAAGAAUCAGACAACAGUGAAACUAAGUCGGCUAAGGAUGCGUUGCUGCUAUGGUGCCAGAUGAAGACUGCAGGAUACCCGAACGUGAAUGUGCGAAACUUCACAACAAGUUGGAGGGACGGCUUGGCUUUCAAUGCCAUCAUCCACAAACACAGACCUGACCUUAUCAAGUAUGAAAAGUUGCAAAAAUCCAAUGCACUCCACAACUUGGACAAUGCAUUUGAAGUUGCUGAAGAAAAGCUGGGCCUUGCCAGACUUUUGGACCCUGAAGACAUCAAUGUUGAGUUCCCUGAUGAGAAGUCAAUUAUUACUUAUGUUGUUACCUAUUACCAUUACUUCUCCAAAAUGAAGGCGGAAUCCGUUCAGGGCAAGAGAAUCGGAAAGGUUAUUGACAACGCCCUGGACUCCGACAGACUAGUGAACGACUAUGAGACAUUCACAUCAGAUCUGCUUGAAUGGAUUGAACAAACCAUUGUUAUCCUCAAUGACAGACAGUUUGCCAACUCACUCACAGGGGUUCAGCAACAGCUUUCUGCCUUCAACACAUAUAGAACCAGAGAAAAACCAAAAAAAUUCGAUGAAAAAGGAAACCUGGAAAUUCUACUGUUCACACUUCAAAGUAAAAUGAGAGCAAACAACCAAAGGCCAUACCUUCCCAAGGAGGGCAAACUUAUCUCGGACAUCAACAAACAGUGGGACCGUCUGGAAAAAGCAGAACAUGAGCGAGAACUUGCCCUGAGAGAAGAGCUGAUCAGACAGGAGAAACUUGACCAGCUUGCGGCCAGAUUUGACCGUAAGGCGGGCAUGCGCGAGACCUGGCUGAGUGAAAACCAGCGCCUUGUCUCCCAAGACAACUUCGGUUUCGACUUAGCAGCUGUAGAGGCUGCCACCAAGAAGCACGAGGCUAUCGAGACCGACAUCAAUGCCUACGAGGAACGUGUCCAGGCAGUCGUCUCUGUGGCCACUGAACUGGAACAGGAGAACUACCACGACAUUGACAGGAUUCUCGCCAGAAAGAACAAUGUUUUACGCCUGUGGAACUACCUACUAGAACUGCUGCGAGCACGUCGUAUGAGGCUAGAAUUAUCCCUCAACCUCCAGAGAAUUUUCCAGGAGAUGUUAUACAUCCUCGACUGGACAGAGGAAAUCAAGGCACGAUUGAUGUCGGAGGACUACGGAAAACAUCUGAUGAGUGUGGAAGACCUGUUACAGAAACACAGUCUACUGGAGGCUGAUAUCCAUGUCCUUGGAGAGAGGGUCAAGACUGUCAACACUCAGGCCGACCGAUUUGUCAAGGGUGACUUCUCUGAUGCAGGAGGAUACAAACCAUGCGAAUCAGAGGUCAUUGAGGAGCGUAUGAAGACACUAGAGAACUCAUAUGCAGAGCUGCUGAACCUUGCAGCUGAGCGCCGCGCACGACUGGAGGAGUCGCGUAGACUGUGGCAGUUCUACUGGGACAUGGCCGACGAGGAAAGCUGGAUCAAGGAGAAGGAACAGCUGAUGUCUUCACCAGAACUAGGGCAUGACCUUACCAGUGUACAUCUGCUGCUUAACAAACAAAAGGCUAUGGAAGACGAGAUGACAGCCAGACACACCCACUUACAGUCGGUUCUCCAGGUCGGCAACGAUCUCAUCACUGCGGGCAAUUUCGGGGCAGAUAGAAUACAGGAACGUAUUGAUGAGAUCAACCAACAGUGGGAGACACUAAUUGACCUGGCCGCCUAUCGCAAGAAGAGGCUCAACGAGGCGGUAGACUACUAUCAGUUCUUUGCUGAUGCUGAUGAUGUGGACGCCUGGAUGUUGGAUACUCUUCGCCUGGUGUCCAGUGAGGAUGUCGGCAAAGAUGAGGCUAGUGUCCAGUCUCUCAUCAAGAAACACAAAGAGGUAACUGAUGAGCUGAAGAAUUAUGAGAGCACCAUCGCCGCUCUGCAUGAACAGGCAGCCAACCUCGGAGAGCAAGAUCGUGAAUCUCCUGAUGUACAGAACAGACUUGGAAGCAUCGACAGACGUUACCAGGAACUUCUAGAGCUGGCCAAGCUCAGGAAGCAAAGACUCCUGGACGCUCUGUCCCUCUACAAGCUGGUUAACGAGGCUGAUGGUGUUGACACCUGGAUCGAUGAGAAGGAGAAGUUCUUGACCACAAUUAUCAUCACAGAUGAUAUUGAGGAAUUAGCUAUUAUGAAGCACCGUUUCGACAGUUUCGAGCAUGAGAUGAACGCUAAUGCCUCCAAGGUGGCUGUGGUUAACCAACUUGCACGUCAACUUCUCCAAAUAGAACAUCCCAACGCCUCAGAAGUCAUUGCCAGACAGAACCAACUCAACGGAGAAUGGAACAAUCUCCGUGACCUUGUGGACCAAAAGAGAGAAGAAAUUAACCUUGCACAUGGCCUCCAGAACUUCCAUAUUGAGUGCAAUGAAACUAUUAGCUGGAUCCACGAGAAGGCAAAGGUGAUAGAAUCCACGGACGAGCUGAGUAACGACUUGUCUGGAGUGAUGACCCUCCAGAGGAGGCUUAGUGGAAUGGAGAGAGACCUUGCUGCCAUCCAGGCCAAGUUGGAAUCUCUCCAAAACGAGGCAGAGAAAUUACAGGAUGACAAGCCAGAUGAGGCAGCAGCCAUCCGUGAGAAGAUUGCUGAGAUCAACAAUGUCUGGAUGGAUCUCAAGGAUAUGUUGAAGGACAGAGACGAGAAACUUGGAGAGGCUGGAGAGCUCCAGCGUUUCCUCGGCAACCUUGACCACUUCCAACAGUGGCUGUCGAGGACACAGACAACAGUUGCUUCAGAGGACAUUCCCAACAGCCUGGCUGAUGCUGAGAAGUUGCUUAACCAGCACCAGCAGCUCAAGGACGAGAUAGAUGCCUACGCACCAGAGUAUGCCAAGAUGAAGGAGUUCGGGGACAAGGUCACUGAGGGACAAGAUGAUCCACAGUACAUGUUCCUUAGACAGAGACUGCAGGCCCUUGACAACGGCUGGGAGGAACUGCUACAGAUGUGGGAGAACCGACAGCACCUACUAUCUCAGAGUCUCAACUUACAGAUGUAUUUGAGAGAUGCCAAACAAGCUGAAGUAUUACUGAAUCAACAAGAAAACUUCUUGUCCAAGGAAGAAGUGCCGAGCACCGUAGGACAUCUUGAUAAACAGAACACACUGGAGGCUGCCGAGAACCUCAUCAAAGCCCACGAGGCGUUCAUCACCACCACAGAUGCUAACGAUGAGAAGAUCAAUGCAGUAUUACAGUUUGCCAACCGUCUGAUUGAGGACAACCACUAUGCUGCUGAUAAAAUUCACAAAAAGGCUGAGAACAUCAAUGAGAGACGUGAUGUAAAUCGGCAGCGUGUCUACGAACAAUUAGAACGUCUCAAAGACCAACUUCUGUUACAACAGUUCUUACAGGAAUGCGACGAGCUGCGAGACUGGCUUCAUGACAAAAUGGCUGCCGCUCAGGAUGAGACAUACAGAGAUGCCAAAAAUCUGCACAGUAAAUAUCUUCGUCACCAAGCCUUUGAGCGUGAGAUAGCUGCCAAUAAGGAACGACUUCAACAUCUCAUGGAGUCUGGAGAAACACUGCUGAAGGAAAAGCCCGAGACACGGGAACAGAUCGAACCAAUUCUGGCCAGUCUGUCUGAGCAGUGGGACGAGCUGGAAACCACCACCAAGUCCAAGGCCGAGCGUCUGUUCGACACCAACAGGGCUGUCCUCUACCAGCAGAGCUGUGAUGACAUCGACGGCUGGAUCAACCAACUCGAGACUCAGAUCAUCUCUGAGGAGAGUGCCAAGGAUCUUACCACAGUUAACCUUCUAAUGCAGAAACAGAGUCAACUUGAGACUCAGAUGAAGAUGAAAGAACAGCAGGUUACAGAGUUAGAUGAGCAGGCCAUCAUCUUAAGACGUGUAGAUCCUAAACAGGAGGCGGUGAUAGAGGCUAGGAAGGCAGCCGUGGCAGAAAGGUUUGCCCACAUUCAACAACCACUAGUGAAGCGAAGGAACGAACUGGAGAAGGUGAAGCGUAUUCAUCAAUUCAUCCGUGAUGUUGAAGAUGAAAAGCUUUGGAUAGACGAGAAAAUGCCUAUCGCCAUGUCUAACAAUUUCGGAAACAGUCUCCUUAGCAAUCAACUGUUGACAAAGAAAAAUCAGUCGCCACCAAACCGAGGCAGUGGACGCCAUUUUUCUCUACAAACUGAGAUAGAGAACCAUGAACCUAGAAUUAUGUCAGUGGUAGAUGUGGGACAGACACUUAUCGCGGAGGAACACCCGCAGUCGGAGGAGUUCAGGGCACUCAUCGACGAUCUCCUCAAGCGAUGGAAAGACCUCAAUGAUGCAGUGGAGAAACGCAAGGACAGGCUGAAUCUCUCAGACAUCGCACAACAGUACUAUUACGAUGCAUCCGAGGCCGAGGCAUGGAUGAGUGAACAAGAACUCUACAUGAUGGGAGACGAGCGUGCCAAGGAUGAGAUCGGUGCUCAGAACUUCAUGAAGAAACACCAGGCACUGGAGAAUGCUGUAGAGGACUACGCUGAUGUGGUCCGGCAGCUGGGUGAGAGGAGUAGGAACCUCAUCGAAACGGAACAUCCAGAAAGUGAUCAAAUAGCUGUGCGGCAGUCUCAAGUCGACAAAUUGUACGCUGGUCUUAAGGACUUGUCACAUGAGAGGAAGAGUAAAUUGGAGGAGGUUCUCAAACUGUACGUGUUACAGAGAGAGAUAGAUGACAUCAUGCAAUGGAUCGCUGAGCGAGAACUAGUGGCAGGCUCACACGAACUUGGACAAGAUUUUGAACAUGUGUCUAUGCUGAAGGAGAGAUUUAAGGAAUUCGCUCGUGAUACAGAAAGCAUAGGAACAGAAAGAGUGUCAGCAGCAAAUGAGAAUUGUGAUCAGUUAAUAGCAGCUGAACAUUCUGAUGCAGCCGCUAUCGCGGAAUGGAAGGACAAUUUGAAUGAAGCAUGGAAUGAUUUAUUAGAACUUAUUGAUACAAGAACACAAAUGCUUCAAGCUUCUUGGGAACUUCAUAAAUUUUACUCUGAAUGUAAAGACACACUUGAAAGAAUUCUGGAAAAACAGAACCAUAUUCCAGAGGAACUUGGAAGAGAUGCUCAAAGUGUUGCAGCCUUACAAAGAAAACACGCUAACUUUGAAAACGAUCUUGUCACACUCGGUGCCAAUGUACAAACAGUGCAAGAGGAAUCUGUACGAUUACAGGCAGGGUACGCUGGGGACCGCUGCCUUGAGAUCCAGAACAGAGAACGAGAGGUAGUCGAGGCAUGGAAGAACCUCCACUUCCGCGUACAAUCGCGCAAGGCAGACCUAGCUGACGCCAGUGAUCUGUACCGCUUCCUGAUGAUGGUGAGGGAUCUCAUACAUUGGAUGGACGACAUCAACCGACAGAUGAAAACACAAGAGAAGCCUAGGGAUGUGUCGGGAGUAGAGCUUCUCAUGAACAACCACCAGAGUUUGAAGGCCGAGAUUGAUGCUCGUGAAGAAAACUUUGCCAUUUGUAUCAACUUAGGAAAAGAUUUAUUGGAAAGGAAUGGAUUCCGAGUGGAGGAAGUACGAGAGAAGUUAAUACAGGUGACGACCCAGCGACAGGAUAUGACAGACCAAUGGGAGGAGAGAUGGGAGCACUUACAACUCAUCCUUGAAGUGUACCAGUUUGCCCGUGAUGCUGCUGUUGCUGAGUCAUGGCUGUUAGCACAAGAAUCUUACCUACAGAAUCCAGACUUUGGCGAUACAUUAGAUGCAGUUGAAAACUUAAUCAAGAAACAUGAAGCAUUUGAAAAAUCAGCUUCAACGCAAGAAGAACGAUUUAUUGCUUUAGAGAAAUUAACAUCAUUUGAAAUGAGAACCAAAGAGAAACGAGAGGCAGAACAAUACAAGAGUGAACAUCCAGAGGAAGUCGCUCGAGAAAAAGAAGAACGUAGGAGAAAAUUGAUUGAAGAAUUCUUACCCCCAGAGCAACCACCUACGCCUGAGCCCGAGCCUGAAGUCAUAGUACAGUCGGAUGUUGUGGACGGAGAACAGCCUGCCGUCGAGGAAGGACAGAUUGCUGCUGAAGCUGAACCAGUUGCUGAGGCUGCAGUAGAAGGACAAGCCCUUAUUACUGCCGAUCAGGAUGAGAUAACUCAUGCUGAGCCGUCAGCAGUCGAGUCUCGUCCAGACCGACCCCACCUAUCACCGGAGGAUAGAGGGUCCGCACAACAAAUAGGAAUUGAACGUUUGAGUGCAGGGCCAUCACGCGCUCGGCCUGGGCGAAAUAAGCAACAACGUCUGCCGAGCCCUCGUUAUGAGAGUCCUCGUCAGUCUAGAGCUCAACCAUCGACGAGUGCAGAGGCAGUCCAUCAUGAGGGUUUGUUGACACGUAAACAUGAAUGGAAGAAUGACGAGGAGAAAGCCACCAACAGGUCCUGGGACAAAGUGUAUGUAGUCCUACACGGUAACACUUUGUCAUGUUACAAGGACAAGAAGAAGCAGGACCGUAUCCACCAUGAGCCUGUACUGAGUCUGGCUAGUGCUGCCUGCCGCAAAGCCACAGACUACACCAAACGGCCAAAUGUGUUCCGUGUCAAGCUUGCCACUGGUGGCGAGUACCUCUUCCAUGCUAAAGAUGAGCCGGAGAUGGAGACAUGGAUAUCUCAGGUUGUUUUGGUAACGGGCACAGAACCCGCGAGUGCCAGUGGCCGCUCUCAAACGAUGCCGGCUAGGAUGGAAGGAUCAGUGGAGAAAGAACACAAAAAGAAAGGAUUCUUCACAUUAAAGAAGAAAUAAAUGUCAAAACUAUUGGAGCUCUGUAAUCAAGACAAGAACAGAACAAAGUUUUCCUAGAAUGCUUUGGAUGGAAUCUCUUGAGUUGUUAGCCAAUUGUGGUAUCUGUGAGCUGGAGCGGGGUCACUGGGUACAGAAGGACAUUCCCAGCAAUAGGUUUCUGACCAAAUGUUUGAAGAAAAAAAACUAUGGUCAACCAAAAUUUGUGAUCAUUAUAAACAAAACGGUAACCAGUUUUUCCUCUUUCAUCUUUUUUCCUCCACAGCAUAUAUAUAUCUAGAAAGAAAUUCAUGCGCCUUAUCGCUACUACAGUGAAAUUGUUCCUCCUUUUUCCAGACGUUUUUUUCAUGCAUCAAAGAUAUGAACCUCAUCGCGGCUUCCGUGUCGCUUUACAUGAUACAUAGCUUCAUCAAUCCAUCACACUGUGUUCAUUGUCAAGAUUCUUAUCAAAGCUUCCGAUGUGUUUUCACUUUGUUUGUGGACAGGAUAUGGCUGGGGAAAAAGUGAUAUUCUGCAUAAUGUGGGAAUCUUACGCAAAAUAUAUAUAUCCCUUCCAUCUGUGACCAGUGACUUUCGCAUUAUUGCAUUCCAUCUAUGCAAAAGUUAAUCUAUCCUGCGACUGCCUAUAAGGUGAUUGUCGCGUGGUAACAUGUUAAACGACCAAAUUGAAUGUGUCAGAAGAAUGGACAAAAAAAUUGGCAUACCGCCUGCAGACUAUUCUGAAUCUUCAGAAUGGAUGGAAUCUAUGGCUACUAGUUUGGGUUGUAUUUAGAUUUAUAGAUCCCUGUUAAUUUUGUUUUUGUUCUGAUUAUCACCACAGCUAUUUUGCUAGUUAAACAAAACUGCUAGUAGCGCAGGUUGGUGACAACUGUGCAGUCUUGUACGUUGGUGAGCUGUGGACAUGUUGAUGUGGUUGAGAUUUCACCCUUUGUCCAGAGUUCAUCACCUAACUACUACUACCAAUAGUACGGGGACAAAGUGCAUUAUAGUACAUGUAUAUCAUCCACUUUAUGUUUCUCACCAUUAACCAAGUGAUAUCAGUGUCAUUUUUAAAUGUAUUUGUCAGUUGUAGGCCUUAAUGUUGAAUAGGAUGUAGAGAAUAUUGGUUUUUAAAACUUCCACUGCUUUGCCAUGUUAAUGUUCAAUAAUUUUGCCUUUUAUUUGCCAUGUAGUUGUUGUGCUGCACUUCUAAGUCAGUUGUAGUUUUUCCUGUACAGAGUAAUCCCGUGCUUGUUAAUACUGUUACAUAAUUAUUUUCUCUCUGUUAAAUUAAUUGCCCUAUUAUAAAAAUGUAUUUAAAGAUGUUAACUGUUGUUGUGCAAACAUUGAUUAGUGCAGCUAGUGUCGUCCUUUGUCAGCAGUUUACACUCGUAUACUUAUAUAGAAUGUAAAAAAAUCAAUUUUCCUUGAUGAACUUUCACACACGACCAAGAUAAUGUGCUGCUCCGUAAUUUUUUUUUAAUUUGUACCAAUUUUCACCCAGUAUUUCCUCCUCGCCUUGUGGGGUAUAUGUUAUACGUGUGCUGGUGACUGACUGGGGAGACCCAGGUUGUUGUGUCGUCCACCGUUAAUGUCCCCUACUGCAUCUGUCACUGUGCUUGUACAUGCUGAUCUCUCCAGCUACAGGGGGUUCAGCAUCAUAUGGGGUUUGUAUUGCUUAAAUCAUGAAAAGAACAAUAAUAAAUCUCUAAAUACUGA